AUGGAGACCUCCAGCUCUUCAACACUUCCACGAAAGAAGGUCAAAACUGGGGCAAAGAAGACUGGGGUAAAGAAGACAGGAAAGAAGACCACUGGCAAGAAAAAGCCAACUUCGUCCACUAGUCAAGUUCACCUUGCCCCUCCUCCUCAUCCUUAUCCCGCGAACACUCAGUAUGCACCGACAUAUGCGCCUAUUCCACAGACGGUAGUUCUUGAGAAACCAAGUAACCGAAAAGGAAAAACUUCGUCAUGUCUACUCGUGUGUCUAGCGGUUUUCUCCUAUCUGGUGGCCAUCGUCUUGGGUCUUUAUAUCAUGACUAGCUGCGUCUCGACAACGGCAAAUGCUAAUGAAAUCUACCUCGCUGAACUCUCAACAAACGGGACAUACGAUAUCUCACUUCGUGUGGGCUACUUUGGAGGAUGUCUAUCGGCCACCGAAGCAGCUAAGGUGUCCUCUCCCCAUGGCAAUUCCUCCGCACAAACAUCCACCCACUGCGUCUCGAACAUGCGCCGGAAAGAUCUGGACAACCUAAGCGAAGACCUUUGGGAGCCUCUAGCCCUUAACUCUUCUGGUGCCCAAUCCCACGUUCGGUCCUUUCUAAACACCACCCUCCCACAAGCCAAACACCUCCAAGAGAAUGUCUUCUUCUGUGAACCUCCUCUCGUCCAUGUCCUUCUAUUUUUCACCUCAGGGAUUAUGCUCCUCGUUGCUCGCACGGGCACAUCCAGGAAGAAGUCAUACAAGGCAAUGUUAGUGAUAGCUAUCACAUUGAGUGCCUUCUCACUUGCCCUCGCACUAGUGACCGCCCUUGGCUCUCUACAGGGCAUGAAUGCGUUGCUUAACGCCUCUGCAUCUGGGGAGCAAAGAGACCUUGGUAAUUCCCUGUAUAUAUCGCGUGGUAAAAUCAUCCAGGCGAUCCAGGGGGCUCUUGCUGGUAUUGUCGCCGUCUUCUAUGUCUCGAUGGGGGUGCUCUUUGUGCAGCGAACGCCAGAGGGAGCGGCUGGUUAUAUAGUCCACGCCUUUCAGACGGCAGGGAUACCUUUGAAGAAGAGGUGGGGAAGACGACAGGCAGUAUGA